AUGGGCGGCAAAUUCUGGAGUCCCCAAGAACAAGAAUACUUCGUGCACGAAGUAAUGACCAAAUCGCGCUUCAACGGUAAAGACGGCGCCUACAAUCCCAACAAAGGUAUGUCAUGGACCGAACUCGCCGACAUGAUGCAACAUGAUAUGGAUGAGAGGAAAUUGGCGCGUAGACAAUACACGGGAAAUAUGUUGUAUGAGCACUGGUACCAGACGGUCAAGAAAGAUUGGGGAGAGGAUCGCGUGAGGAUAUUGGCAGCGAGUGCGAAAGCUGCGCGGCAGGGUACUGGGCGACAACCAAGGGCGUCUCGAGUUAAGAAAGCGAAAAAGAGGGGUGAGACGUUUUCUCCUUUAUCAGUUGUUGCAGAACAGUCCAGACAACAUACAAUUAGCCCUCAAGAGCAGCGAAAAGAAGUUAUUUCCCGCAAAAACACCAUGGAGUCGACAGGUUACACUCCCAACCAUUCUUUUAUGGCAGACUAUCCUGCUCCUAAGAAUCGCUCUGCACGUUUUGAAGACUCAAGCAUGGCCCAGAGACGAUAUCCUUCUCCUCGAACCAGCUCCGCUUCAUCAACAAACCGCCACUUUCAUCCAUACAGAUAUCCCGAUACAUACCGCCAAUCCCGCACUGAAGAUUCGGCAAGACAUCAUCCCCAACGCCAUUCUGUACGUCCCGAAUCUCGAACCCCUCUUCAGACCCGUGACUCGGAAACUCGCAUGAGAUCCACCUCUACAACCGCAUCAAAAGCUCCCCACCAACCCCACAGUCUCCAACAACGUCAACCUAUCAUGAUCCGCGACCCAUCCCCCGAAGAUGACGAAAAUAGUCUCUUCGUAGAGCAAGACUAUUCCGAAUACAACCGUAGGACCUCCAUUCCGCGUCCGAAUACGGAGUUGGAUGCCGCGGUGACUAUGACCAUGUUUCAUCGUCAGGAGAUGCAUAUUUUACAUGGAACUCCUGCUAGGGGAUUUGGUCACCCAGAUGAUCGCCGUAGUCUGCAGCAGUUUCGUCCUGAUGCUCAUGGUUAUCAGCGGUAUUUUGAGAAUACUGCUUCAGGAUACCGUCUCGCAUCUACAGUUUCUCGUCUUGAUACUGUCUCCCGGAGCCAGAAGAAGGGUCGAUUGGAUCAAUUGGAGAACAGUGACGAGGGUAAUAAGAACGAUAAGGAUUAG